AUGUACUCGAAAAUCGCAGCACGCUCAGUCCUUCGAAAAGCAGUCUUCCAAACACGUCCUGUUGGCGCCUUGAAUGUUCGACAUUCAAGCACUAUGCACGACAAUGACCCCGAACUGCUCGAACUCGAAAAGAAACGGAAUAUGGCUGGAAUUCAGCACAGAACAUCGACCCCACACAAGCACGCUCCCGGAUGGAAUGAGCAUUUGGCAAGCGCCUCGGAGGCUUCACUGAAGGCUGACAAGGCCGAUGGCUCGCCAAUCGACCUCCAAGGGACCACAGUCGAAUACAUUCAAGCACGACACUCGCCCGACGAAGCAGCGGACUUGCUUGACCAAGUCAAUGGUCCACUCUCCAGUGCUAAGACGGACGACACAAGCACAGGCCCACAAGUACUCGUUCGGAAGACCGUCCGUGAAACAACCGAAGUCUGGAAAAACGAGAAAAGCACCGCUAGCGAGGACGUCGUCAAGGCUGAACGCGGAGUGCUUUCCACUGAAUAA